AUGGCGGCAAAAGAAGAUAAAAAUGCAGGAAAAACGGUCUUUACGACGUCUAAAGAAGUUACAGUUGCAAAAAAUUUUGAAGAAAUGAAUUUAAAAGAAGAUCUUUUACGCGGGAUCUAUAGUUAUGGUUAUGAAUCGCCGAGUGCAGUUCAGAGCCGAGCAAUUGUGCAGAUUGUGAAAGGAAGAGACGUAAUCGCUCAAGCACAAUCGGGAACGGGCAAAACAGCGACAUUUUCUAUAUCUAUCCUUCAGGUUAUUGAUACAGCAGUCAGGGAAACUCAAGCAUUGGUUCUUUCACCAACCCGUGAGCUUGCAGUUCAAAUUCAAAAUGUUCUUCUUGCAUUAGGACAAUAUUUAAAUGUACAAAGCCAUGCAUGUAUUGGAGGGACGAAUAUUGGUGAAGAUAUUAGAAGGCUAGACUAUGGACAACAUGUCAUUUCUGGGACACCAGGAAGAGUAGCAGACAUGAUACGGAGAAAGAAUCUGAGAACACGUAACAUAAAGAUGCUUGUUCUUGAUGAGGCGGAUGAGCUUUUAAAUCGAGGAUUUCGAGAACAGAUUUAUGAUGUAUAUCGUUAUCUUCCUCCGGGAACACAGGUAGUCGUAGUUAGCGCAACACUUCCAUAUGAUGUUCUUGGUUUUAAAUUUAUGACGGAUCCUGUUAGGAUUCUCGUUAAGCGAGAUGAAUUAACACUGGAUGGUCUUAAGCAGUAUUUUAUUGCUGUAGAAAAGGAAGAAUGGAAAUUCGAUACACUGUGUGAUCUCUACGACACAUUAACAAUCACUCAAGCCGUUAUAUUUUGUAACACAAGAAGAAAGGUGGAUUGGCUUGCAGAAAAGAUGCGGGAAGCGAAUUUUACAGUAUCCAGCAUGCAUGGAGAUAUGCCUCAAAAAGAGAGGGAUGCUAUUAUGAGUGAAUUUAGACAAGGAAAUUCUAGAGUCUUACUUUGUACCGAUAUUUGGGCUCGUGGUAUCGAUGUCCAACAGGUUUCACUUGUCAUUAAUUAUGAUCUCCCACCCAAUCGUGAAAAUUAUAUUCAUAGAAUCGGUCGAAGUGGCCGUUUCGGCAGGAAAGGUGUUGCCAUCAACUUCGUUACCGCCGACGACGUUCGCAUUCUCCGUGAUAUCGAACAGUACUAUUCGACACAAAUCGACGAGAUGCCUGUAAUACCUCUUCAAACAUUCUUUACACACUAACCUUUCUAGAUGAACGUUGCUGACUGUAU